CCACCGCUCACUCUCAAGUCUCCAUAUCCGAGCUUCAAAAAGUUGAACGGUCGGCCUUCAUUCAGACCUUCGGUGCUCGCGACGUCGGCUCCUCCUCCUCGUCAGUCUCCAGUUCUCGCGACAUCGACUCCUACUCUAGUGCUCGUGAGUCGUGACGUCUGCUCCGAUCUCCAGUGGUCGCGGCCCUGUCUCCAGACUCCAGUGCUCGCAAGUCGCAAGUCGCAACAUCGAGUCCUCCUUCUGUUAAUGUCAUCUCCGUUUGAGAGUGAAACAAUGUCAUCUAAUUCAGUUCCUUCUAACGCUAUUGUGGCUAGUCAACAAACACCAACAGAUUCUAGUCAACAAACUAACGAAGGAAAUGAUGUUAAUGAUAGUAUUAUUCAAAAGAAGAGGCGAAAAACCUCAACCAUUUGGGAGGAGUUUGAUCAAGUUGAAACUGAUAAUGGGAUCAAAGGGAAAUGCAAGUAUUGUAAACAACUAUUCUCGUACUCAGGGAAGGGAGCUAGUACUAGCCAUCUUCGAAGACAUGUCACUGUCUGUUUGCAAAGAAAGUUGCUUGUUUCUUCACAAAGCAAGCAACCCACAAUUCCAUUUCAAUCUUCCAAUCUGAGCAUUAAUCCAUUUUUGACACCGGGUGCUAGAUAUUCUAAUGAAAAGAUGAGGGAAAUAAUAGCUACUGCAAUCAUGGUGCAUGAACAUCCUUUUAAUAUUGUUGAGGAUGAAGUUUGGAUGUGGGGCUUUCAAUAUGCAAAUUCUGAAUUUCAAAAAGUAUCUCGAAAGACAGCAAGAAAUGAUUGUUUAGCGAUAUAUGAGGCAGAGAAGAAACAAUUGAAGGCCUUAUUAGAAGGUGUGAACAAGAUUAGUUUGACUACUGAUAUGUGGAAAUCAGCUCACCAAGUAGCUGAAUACAUGGUCAUCACCGGGCAUUUCAUUGAUUCGGGAUGGAAUCUUCAGAAGCGAGUUUUGAGUUUUGUGAAAGUUCCUGCUCCUAGACGAGGCAUUGAUGUGGCAGAUGCUAUUUUCAAGUGUUUGAAGAGUUGGGGUAUUGAAAACAAAGUGUUCUCUGUGUCAGUUGAUAAUGCUUCUUACAAUGAUUCUUGUUUAAGAGCUCUUAAGGACACUUUAUCACUUAGUAGUUCAUUACCUCUAGGUGGUGAUUUGUUUCAUGUUAGAUGUUGUGCACACAUAUUAAACUUAAUGGUGCAAGAUGGCCUUGGAAGAAUUAGGGACAUUAUACAUAAUGUUCGAGAGAGUGUGAAAUAUAUCAAUUAUAAUGACUCAAGGCUGAAAGCAUUUUGUGAUGUUGUUGAGCAGAAACGUUUGAAGGAAAGAAAGCUUAUUCUUGAUUGUCCAACGAGGUGGAAUUCGACAUAUAGGAUGCUGUCUAUUGCUUUGAAGUUUAAGGUUGUCUUUCCUGAUUAUAAGGAAAGAGAGCCACAUUAUAACUAUGCACCAUCAGAAGAGGAUUGGAAUAAGGUUGAGAAGAUUUGUAAACUUUUAGAAGUAUUCAAUCUAGCCACCCAUAUCAUCUCAGGUAGUGAGUAUCCUACUGCAAAUUUGUACCUUCCUGAAGUGUGGAGAGUGAAGCAAGUAAUUGACAAUGCUAUAGAAGAUGGUGAUUUCUUCAUAAGAGAAAUGGCAGCUUCAAUGAAAGAGAAGUUUGACAAAUAUUGGGGAGAAUGUAAUAUGCUAAUGGCCAUUGCAAGUGUUUUGGAUCCCAGGUGCAAAUUAUAUGUUGUUAAUUAUUGCUUUCCUUUGAUUUAUAAGCCUGAUUAUGUGGCUUCUGAGAAUAUAGAUAAAGUGGUGAGUGCUUUGAGAUCAAUGUAUGAUGAGUAUGUAAGCAUGUACAAAGGAGACACAAUGGGUAAUAAUGAAGUUGAUAAUGCUGGUAAUAACUCUUCUGCCGAUGCAUCUGGUUCUUCUAUAGUUACUGGAUUUGAUCAAAUCAUGAGUAUUGUUCGUGAAAAGCAAGCAGUCCCACCAAUGAAAUCAGAAUUGGAAGCUUAUCUUGAGGAUGGUGUUUACAUUCCUGAUGGUAAUUCUAACUCCUUCAGUGCCUUGGAAUGGUGGAAAAAUAAUAGCAUGAAGUAUAAGAUUUUAUCUAAGAUGGCUGCUGACAUAUUAGCUAUUCCAAUCUCAACCGUAGCAUCGGAGUCCACUUUUAGUGCUGGAGGUAGAGUUAUCGAUGAAUAUCGUUCCAAAUUGAAUGAAGAAUCAAUUGAAGUGCUUAUUUGUGGUGGGGAUUGGCUUCGCAAUAAGUAUGGCUUGAGGAAAAAACCAAAGGUGCUCGAACAAGAUGAAGAAAUUAUAUUGAAAUUUGAUGAUUUGCUACUGGUGGCUAUUCUUCUUAAACUUGUUUGUAAUGUUGUUGUACUUGAUCACAAGUGGCCUGUUUCGGCCUGUUUAAAGACAUAG